AUGUACGUUUUCAAAAUUCAGGUAAUUAUUUGUUAAAAGAAAGAGUACGUAUAAAUUCUCUUUUACAUAAAAUUUUUUUUAUAAUGUAUUUGUUGCCAUAAAUAAUUAUAGAAAUUAUAUAAACACCUUCGGUCCCAAGAUAUGCUUAAAUAUUUCUUGUUUCAGCAAUAAAUAGAAAUGGACAUUUCUUAUUUUAUUUUUCAAUGCUCAACUCAUCCAAAAAAAAAAAAAAAAGAAAAAAAGAAAAUAAAACGAUUGUCAUUCUAUCGCUUCAAAACUUCUUUCUUUCCCUCUUUCUUAAUUUUCAUCGAUGAAUGGUAACUUAACUAUUUAAAUUCUCCCUAUAAAACAUAUUGUAAAAAUAGAAACUUGUCUAUAUUAUAGAAAAGAAUAACCGUGAGAGGAUCGUAUGAAAAUGGAAAUAUAGAUCGCAGACAGGAUGUCAGGGAUCUGGCAAACAACAUUAAUUGCCGAGGACAUGUCGGCCUGAAGGCUGGGUAUGGGUUUACCGCGAGACUAUCGAGUUUCCCGCCGCGCCAGUCGCGAUCAAUUUUUAACCGCUCGUAUGCCUUUUUACCUAUCGGUUUCUAGACUUAUAAGCGAUCUUAUUACCGCUGCUACGUCGAACAGUCGCGACCUGUACGUGAAAUAG